AUGCCUUCAGAAACUUCGGACAUCCCUCGUCCGUUAGCAGACUACUUUUGGAUUGCUGGCUUGGAUGGUGAACAGCUUUCAGAUGCCUAUUCUCAACCCCGAUGGUCGAAUGAGCCCAACGACAUUGCGAAUGGCAUCGACACAGCUAUCAAAGAGGAUGUCAAUGCUGAAAAUGAUGCCUCUUCUAUUUUAAAAUCUCCUCGGAAUUCUGCCGGUCAUUCGCGCCGCGAUUCCUACCAAAGGUUAUCCCAACUUUCCAAUGAAGCGAGGGAUAGCAUUCAAAGUUUGGAUGAUGUUGCAAGACCACAGAGCAGCCGCAGCAGUAUUACCAUCAAAGCAGGAGCCCCUGCUCAAAUUCCUCAGAACCAAAAUCAGGAUUCUCGCAUGUCCAGUGCAUUCACCGAAGUCGAUUUUGAGAAGGCCAUGAGUAAAUUCACCACCAAUCGUGAAGAAUUCUUCGUCGAUCUAACUUUCAACCCCAUGGAUCUCUCGUCUUCCACCAAGCCGGUUCCCUCCAAGUCUCGUCCUAGGACACAGAAGAUUGUCGCAUCUGAUGAACCAAACCCUUUGCCAAACCGUAAUUUCGGGAGCAUUCGGCGACAUCUCUCGUUCAAAGAUAUGUCCAGCGCCAAAAGACAGCCAUCCAUGGCACGACGAGUCUCAACUCGUACCGCUCGGAGAAUGAGCAGCUAUAAUUCGGUCAUUCCCAGCCCGGAAUCUUUUCAUUCUUCACCAAAUCAGCAUCCCCUCACUCGAAAGUUCGAACCUGUAUUAUUAGAGAGAUAUCCCCGACCAACCACCGUCGAUAAAGCCCCCGGUAGGGCCAAGUUCCCAGAAUAUUUACCUAUGUUUGCCUUCCCAAACGAUAUUAGAAUAGUGUCUUCUGACUCGAGACCGAGAUCGACAUGGCAUGAGUUUUCCAUGACAGCUUCGGACAAUUCCAGGUUAACGGCUGUGUCUGUCACAUUCUGGAUACCAGUCAGCCGCCAGAUCUCCGCCGAUCUGGAAAAGAAGUGUGAUGAAUGGCGCAAAGACCACAUGUCUGAAGCAGAGCGAGAAAUGGCCUCCUCUCUCGCCGAUAGACUCGCCAUUGAAAGUGCCAAAUUGUCUAGACUACUUACCCAAUUGCCACAAGUCUCCUCAGGCUCCCGUGCCCGUGACGAACUUGAAGAUGAGAUUAGUGCUGUCGAGGAGAAGAUUGGUGUCAUGUCUGAUAUGUUGAGACCCUUGCGACACGGCUCAGUCUCGGAGAUUCAGGGUUUGACAAGCGGCGAGACCAAGUUCUGGGUGCCACGAGCGUAUGGCAUCAUCGGCAAAGAUAGCUCCAUGGCCAACUUUUGGAGACAGUGGCUUCGAGCAAUUAUCGUUCCAAUGACUGACGGUGGUGUCCUACGAGUCUCACCCAGCUCGCCCAAGGUCGGCAUGUGGCAGCCUUUAGAGCGUUAUGUUUCAACCUUGUGCCUCGAAGCACCUUGCCCGAUAUCAUCCAAAACCCAAGUUCAAGUGUCAGUCCGAGAACUGAAAUUGUUUGCAAAGAAGGAAGCGGCGAAUGAACUCCCGGGCAGUAGGACAACAGACUUGUAUCCUCUAUUCAAAACUUUGACGAUUUCCAACAUCAUUCUAUUGUUUGAAUAUGUCUUGACCGAAUCUAGGAUCAUCUUGCUUUCCACCCAUACAUCAAUGUUGCAGUUGGUCAGCAAAGCAAUCUUGGAAUUGAUCUUCCCGCUUGAAUGGACUGGGGUCUAUAUCCCGGUUCUUCCUGCGAGAUUGAUCCAGGCACUUGACGCCCCCUGCCCCUAUAUCUGUGGCAUUGAUCGAAAGUACGAAAAAUACGACCUUCCCGAUGACGACUAUGUCCUGGUUGAUUUGGAUAAGAACGAACUACACAGUGUUGCUCCGCCUCCACACUUACCGAAACAGCAGAGACGAAAGUUGAUGUCGUUGUUAUAUCAAGCUGCACCUUUGCAUCACAGCUAUAGCGUGACGCCAGGUUCUCCUGCUUAUGCGGUGGAAACAUUUCCAUACCAAACAUUCGCAGCCGAGAACGAAACUGUGUUCACGGCCAUCACUAAAUCGACCAAUCUCUCAAAAUUGGCCAGCCUAAGCUCUUCGUUGUUUGGUCAACAAGCCACAACAGACACAAUUCGCCGUGCGCCGAUGUUCAAUGUUUUCCUUGCUGGUCUCCCUACGCGAGGAAAGAGCAUCGACGGUCGUCCGCUGACAUCAUCAACCGCACGACAUUCCAGCAAUACUGGUUCAGACACUCAGUCUCCCAUCACCGGUAGCUUUCCAUUACCACCCGCAUCCAAAACUUCAAGAAAUGACUCGGGCUACGCCCUCCAGACAUCACUUCGUGAGAAACGGUCUGGUCACUUCGAUUCGCUAUCCAAACGCAGCUUUUCUGGGUCCGCACACAUGAUGCGCAAGGGUAGCCUGCCAUUCAUCAAACAUAAUGCUAGCCCUUCAGGCAACUCGUUCUCUGAUAUGCGUAAUGGUUCGACAUACGCUCCAUCCGUGUAUGCACAAUCCACACUAGCAGCCUCGACGAUUAUGCCUGGGCUACAUGUCCAACCAGCAGUAGCGACCGAGGGCAUAUACUGGGCCGAAGGCCACUGUCUGCAAUGGAAAAUCAACGAGGGCGCAUCGACUUGCGUGCUUUGUGACGAAAAAGCACAAGAUGAUUAUUAUCGGUGCUCAGGCUGCGGAUUUGUUGUUCAUGAUCGCUGCGCUCAUCAAAUAACCAUUGUCUGUUCAGCUGCUUUCCACCCUGACCAAGUAAGAGCUGCGUUUGUGAGAUGCUUGGCUAGCUUGUUCUACACCUAUCGCCGCUUCAUGCAGCCAUCUGUCGCACAGAGCAGAAAGACAGGAUCGGUCUAUACAUUCGAUAAAGACGCCUGUCUCAACAGCCUCCCUCCAGACCAUGCCGAAUAUAUGCAGAUGCUCCACCAGACACAGGCUUGGAACGAGUUCAUCAUGGAUAGAGAGGAGAACAAAACAACCGCCGCUAUCGCGUUGUUCGAUGCAAUUAUCAACGCCAAGCGUGGGCGAGCAGGAUUACUUCGAUCGGGUCUUCCAGGUAUUGGUCUUGGCCGCAAAAGCUUCGCGCAACGAAGUGUAUCCGGAGGCGGUCGCCCAGAUCUUCUCUCGGACACCUCGACACAUCAAUGGAAGAUCAUCAAUGUCCCAGGCAGCUCUGAACGCCUUGAUCUCGGUUCGGCGGCCAAAGGCCGUGACUAUCAUACCAUCAUUAGUCGAACCCCGGCUAAGUUGGAAGAAGGCCUCUUCAAACAACAGGAACAGGUACCAGACCUUCCCAAGUUCACCAAGAAAUCACGUGUAAGCACCUUGAACGGCAUGAUGAACGGUCUAGGCAUGAAUGCGCCUUAA